CUCAGAACUCUCUCAACUUCUUGAUCGAGCUCUAGAGUGCGGUAGGCGGGCAGCAGAGGCCGCCAUGGAUCACAAAUGAGAAGCAGCUGAUGUUUGCAAUCGCAGCAGGCUGCGGAUCCAGCUAUGUCUGCUUUGCAGCGAGUACCGCACAAGUCUGCGGUCGCCCCUUUCCCCAUUGACCUUCUGACGGCAGGCGUGGGCUGGCAGGGCUCUGAUAAUCUGUUUCUGGCACUCGGGAAAGUUCGCAAUACGCCGCAGUGGGAGCACAAGGCAAGGGUUAGGAAGCUUCUGUACCGCUGCAUAGGAACUUGUAGAGUGUACUCUGUAGGGGAAAGGCAGCUAGUGUCCGAAGGUGUUGAGCAGCGGGCCCCUGGCUUGGCAUCUGGUGCAAGAUCCAGGGAACAAGGCAGGAAAAGGACACGGGCGAAUGCAAGCGAGAGUAGUGGGGCUCGCAGCGGGCCAGAGGAUGAGGUGACACUGGGCGACAGAUUGAAUGCCAUCUCCCAUAGAAAGCCGCUCCCCGGUGUCAAUGGCACGGCUGCCCAAUCACGGGGCUUCAGCGCUGCAGCUGCGGCCGCGGAGUCAAAUGACCCUUCCCUCCCACAAUCGCGUUUCCGAAGCCGCGCUCUCCCGGAACCAUCACACGCCCCCCCCGUUGUCAAGGUGUCCAACCGCCACGAUGUCGUUGGUGUUCUAGGGGGCAUCAGCCCCCGCGCGACGGCAGACUUCAUGCGGCAGGUCAUCCAGGCGACCCCCGCCAACUCCAACAAGGACCACAUUCCGCUCGUUGUGUCGAGCAUCCCCCAGAUCCCGUCCCUGUCUGCGCCCAUUCUGAACCGGCCUGCCGGGCCAGCGCUAGAUCAGGCGGUCGUGUCCCCCCUGCCAGCCAUGCUCGAGACUCGCAGGUUUCUGGAGCAGUCUGGUGCUCGCUGCAUCGUCAUGCCCUCCAACAUGGCGCACUUCUGGUACGACCAGCUGGCGCUGGACUGCAGCGUGCCAUUCCUGCACAUUGCGGAUGCGGUGGUUGAGGAGUUGGACCUGGCGAAGCUGGAGCCGCUGGAGGCGGGGAGUCGGCCCAAGGUGGGGCUGCUGGCCAGCGAGGCCACGCUGAAAGCCAGCAUCUACCAGCAGAAACUGGAGGCCAGGGGGUACACGGUGGUGCUGCCUGACCGCGACACCAUGGCCCACGCGGUGCUCCCCGGGAUGGAGGCUCUCGAGCGGGGCGACAACGAGGGCGCCAAGAACCUGCUCGGAAUCGGCGUCCAGAUGCUGCUGGUGAACGCGGUGAACGUGGUGAUCCUGGCCUUCAGCGAGGCCAGCUCCGUGUUCCCGCCGUCGGACCCCAUCCUGAAGCGGUGCCUCAGCCCCACCGCAGCCCUGGCCAGGGCGACCGUGCGCUGGGUCCUUAAGACCAGGGCGGACGCCACUCCGGGCGUGUGAAUAGUCAAAUAGGUCCUGGUCCGAAUACAUGUUCUGAAUCUUGAGGCUGUUGUGUUGAGCUUCACGCAGGUUGCUCAUCGGUUCCAUUUGUCAUUAAGUAGUAAAGACAGAUUCAACCUUAGACCGAUGGUAGCAUAAUCGUGUACAGAUUGCAAAUGAUUUGAUCAGACCGGGUCUGAAUUGAUGGAAGCAUAAUGGUCGAUCGAUCGGUGUCCAGGCAAAAGCGAGGGAUAGCUAGAUAGUCGAAUAGUACGUUAGAGCGGAUUUGAAGUGAUAUUAACAUUUUCUCCGGGCACGCACAUUGGCAUGCCCUCAGGUUAGCCAGCCAGGCACGAGCUGCUGCGUUCGGUACGUCUUCUUCGACCUACAAAUCAGAAAUGUCAAAAGUUUUAGUACUUCGAUGUCUUGAAUCUCGACAGCGGAUUGGAUCAGUAGCGAG